AAACGCAUACAAUAAGCAUCAAUUUAACCUUUCUGGAUUUGGUUCCUUUGAUGAUUGUCAGCGCUUUACAAAUAUGGUAAUCACUCAUGCUUCAGCUUGACAUACACAACUUUUUUGUAUCGUCCGCACAAUCCUCCUUCAUUUCGACAACCUUCAGUUCGACAACCUUCAUUUCGGCAACCUUCAGUUCGACAACCUUCAUUUCGGCAACCUUCUUUUCGACAACCUUCACCUACCUCCUUUUUGCACAGCCAUGAAUGGCCUCGACUUUGAUUUGCACUCGCAAAUCCUCAUGGGUUUAGCUGAAGUGCUUGCGGAUUCUCGAUCAAAAGCAACGACUUCUGAAAUUGACAAACUCAUCUCAAAAUGUCCACCGGUUCCAGUUCCCGAUGACAACGAGAAAACUAUUUUUACUCGCGUCCAGAUACCAGACCUCGGUGCUAUGACUUUGCGCAGCCAACAGAGUAUGGCAGCUCUCGUGAAAUAUGCCGUCAAUGCAAGUGAAGAGCGACAGCUAGAAUUAUUACCUCGUUUGCUUGCCUAUGUACGUCAUCUGCCUGCAUAUGAAUGGAAAGAAGUGAUGCUCGGUAAAGGAGUACCUCCUUCCGAUGCCAUCACUUACAGCUUAGUCUCAGGCCUUCUUGAAAUUGGUUUCAAAGUACCUGACACCUAUCGCUAUAUCAAUGACGUACUUUGGAGCUAUGGCGAAUCGAUUAUUCAGUUUAUGAAAACCAGCGAUGUCGAAUUCACUGUGUCGUUCAUUCUUCCUUCGUUGGCCGGUCUUUCUCGUGCACUUCAGCUUUCUCCAUUUUUGUACCGACCUAACCAGCUCCUAGCUCUAUGCCACAACACCCAAUUUUUGAUUCAAGAUGAAACAUUGGAUAACAUUCGAAAUGCAAUUACUGUCUGUCUUAAGGACCAUGAUCCUCUGGCCUAUAGCCGUCGUGUACUCAACAAAUAUUGGGAAGACGGUGUGCCUCUCAGCAGCAAUCGUGUCGUACACGACCUUCUCAUUAUUUUGCGUAACGUCACUGCACGUGUCAUCGCCGACUCCAAACCCAAUGCAAACACAGUGACACCUUCGCCAGCCGUGUAUACACUCAAGAAGCUUCACUUGACCCGUGAUGUCGAGCAAGCUUGGACGGAAUUAAUGCGCAAGACUGCUUCUGGCGUACGCCCAACCAUUCCCAGCGAUACCGACAAGGACGAAUUGCUCAACAAAAACAUGCGAAGUGUUUACGUCACCAGUCUUGGAUACUAUGAAGAUAUAAAAAAGUUCGCUGACAAGAGCGCUGAGGAUGGCAAAAAGUGGGCUCCCGAUGCUUAUAUGCAAGAAAUCAUGGGUACUAGCUUGCACGUCGCCGCUUUGUCGUCGGUGUACCUCCACGAAGUCGAUGAUGUUCUUAUUGAUCAUAUAUCUGAGUGUCUUUUUGCUCCCUUACAUGGAAAUGACCCUUGGGUGCAUGUUGCAGCUCUCGAUGCUGCCGUCCUUCUCGCUAUCAAUUUCUCGCAUUUGAACAAUGAUAUGACAAAUGCCAUCUGUCGAUUCCUCGCCACACCUUCGCCUGUAUUCGAGCUAUAUGCCGAAGAAUCCAUCACCGUUCAGCAGUUUGCCAUUGUUCGUUUGGCUCAAUGUGUUCAGACAAAACCUUCGGCUCAAGCAUCACAAGCAGCUAUAUCGACGCUAUACGCCUUACUCAAUGAAAUUACGCGCUACACUGAUGAAGAUGUAGCAGCGACUGACCGCUUCAGCAUGUUUGCUACAAACGUUAUCUCAGGUGCACCCGCUGCUGACCAGCUGAACGAGAAGCAGAAGCAGCAAGUCUGUGCCAACGCUUUGUCAGCUAUAGUUGGCGUAGCCGUCUACCUCGAGGAUGAAGCGAUAAUGGCUCAAGCACUGUCCAUGCUGGUCAUGAGAAGAAAGUCGUUGUCCAUCGCUGCAACUGCAUCGCUCACGUCGAAACUUGUUGAUUUGGCGCUUGUCAGCACACCGUCAGUGUUUGACGAUAUUCUCAGUUUUUUCUCUACUCUUAGUCGUGAGGCCCUGACUAUUGACAACAAGCAACUCACUACUGCUAUUCAUAAUGCUCAACUCAACUUGGCCAGCCGAUUAUCUGCAAAGCCUGAGUACUAUCAGACGUACCUUUUAAACCUCUUGACCUUGUUUGUUGAAAACGGAAACACCAUCCAACGAACCAUCACCAAACUCAAAAAAGAGGCAGAAUACCCAUUGGCGUCCAAGCUGGGCAUGCUGCUGCCUGUAUUGCGAACCCUCCUUGGACAUGACAACUUCAACCCUCAUUUGGAGCCAAGUGAAGAGGCCGUGUCACUAUUCCGAAACGCAUGGUUCCAUUGUGUGCUUUUUGGUUUCGUGACUGAAUCGGUUUGGAUACGCGAAUGGCACGACUCUCUACUUGUUAUCGCCAAAAAAACGCCUGUUCUGGUUACCGAAAGCGCGACUAACUAUAUCGAAAGUGAUCUAGAAUAUAACUCGGUAUUGCGUGGUGGUAACAUGGCCGAACACAACCUAACGGCCAUGCGACAGCGGUUGACGAGCUUUUUGCCUUCGCUUUCGUACGAUAUCAAGAACUUUUCAUUUGCUCAAGUCGUCUUUGCUCUCAGCUUUUAUCACAUUGAAAUGAUGCGAAGCAAAAUGGGCGACUGCAGCUAUGUGUUACGCUACUUCAUGAAUGAUGGUAUCAGCAACAGCUCGUUGGCCAAUUGCUUAGAAACCAUUACCGAUCGUGUAGUUGGCACGUUCGUCAAGGAUUCUGCCAGUAAGGCUUCCGUCCAGGGCAUUUCGGCCGAGUUGAACGAGCAAAUGUCCAGUAUCCUAAAAUUAGCUUGCCAUCGCUUGAAAAAGGUGCACGAAUUGGCAGUUAAAUCGGCGGAACGCAUUGUGGCAGCUUUCCCACAAAUUUUUGCCGAAAAGUCGUUGAUCACUCUACUCCUGGAGCUUGUACAAUUGCUUUGGCUUAGCUGCGAAUUCGAGUAUCGUGAUGAGUACUCGCCUGUCUUCCAUUUUACUUCACCGCGAGUCGCUGUAACUCUCGAACUGGGGGAUUCGUAUGCUUACCGUCAAGAAAUUUGCACUCGACUUUAUGAAAGCGCAAAGAAAUGGCUUCAUAUCUCAUUGGAUCGUGCUCCUAUGGAAAUAAAUGGCCUGUUACAAGACUACUUAUCAGAAUAUGAUCGUUUCUCAUCUGGUCAACCUAUUGAUACAGCUCAUAUGGGUCGUUCUCUGGCUUUGGAUGUCGGUAAAGCUGCCUCCAAAAACCAAUUGUCAGUUGAAUUCGUUCCUAAGGUCCCUCGCCUUGCACCCGAUGAGUCCUCAGACUUUGUUAAUGGCUUCACUUCCAGAAGAUACUACAUUGGUGAAAUCAGUGGUAUCGAGUAUCUCUAUGGAUUGCGCGAACAAUCAGAAAAACUACCUGAUGCCCGGACUGGCAGCGGUCUUCUCGAGCAAGUUGCUUUCGUAUUGGAGAAUCUCGAAGCUUUGCUUGUGGACAUCAAACAAAAACAUCAUGUCUCUGUCGAACGCGUUCACCGCACUUUGCAUCGUGCUGCAGCCUACGCAAUCGCACUCCCCAAGGUUCAUGCCGACCUGAUCCGCUACCUUGUUCGCAUUCCUAUCCAUAUGUUCACUCCCGAGUCUCUUGAUAUCGGUACAACCGUUUGGAACUGGAUGCUGGUUGAACGCUCAGACAUUGAAAAGCGUUUGAUGGUCGAAAUGUUGAGCAUGUGGCAUUGGGCACAGAAGCAUCGCAAGGGGUUGUUCUCUCCUGUAUUGAACGUAAAGCAUCCAUUUGUUGCAAAGAUGACCAAUGAUCCGUCGGACAAGGCUGUGUGUGACAGUAGCCACCGAGUAGCAAAUUAUUUGUUCACUCCUCAUCAGACUUGGAUCAAGUUCUUAAGCAGUCGUUUCUACUCUAUCCGUCACCGUAGUCGACAUCUCGUCAACAUGUUUGUCCGUUUGUUGCAAGAAUCUUUCCAGAGCGCACAUUUGAUGAGCACCCACGCGUUGGCACGAACUGUGCGUUUUCAGUUAUUGCUGUUGGGUACCAAGAUUCUUCAAUCAACCCGCAUGGAAGCUCUUGCUGAGCACAAGUUUAGAUCGCUGGUUUACGAGUGUGCCUUUAACUGGUUCGCGUUGGAGCCUAGAUGGCAUUAUGGCUCGCGUAAGAGCCUUGCAUUGAUGGAGUACAAGGUCUUGACAGAUUUCUACAAUGCCGUCGUGAACGAUACGCCCAAUUUGAGCUAUUUGGUCACCAGUUCCCCGCUUAAAAACCCCAAUUCUAAGAUUGCCUCCGGACUGUACAUGUUCUUGAAUGAUAAGACCAAGGAUGAUGUGAUCCGCCAACACCACCUUGCCAAGAAGCUUUUGAUGCUCUUUUUAGAAAGUGAGCUUACUCGGUUGUCUGUAUGGUGCAACCCGUUGAACUCGAUGGGCCACGGAAAUCCUGUUUGUUUCACUGGCAGCACUGAGAAGUCCAUGGUGAUGGAUGAAUCGUGGAAGGAAAUCGUGCGUUUCGCGUGGGAAGUAUCUCCUCGUUUGGCUGUUCGAAUGGAUGCCCGCUUCGUUCAACCCAUCGUUUACCGAGAACUACAUCGUCUUAUUGCAAACAACACGCUUGAUGUGGUUGAUGUUCCCGAAGCCCUGGUGAUCCUCCUGGGCGACAGACUUGUACCUAAUGCUAAGCUCGAUUUGAAGCAUCUGCAAUACUGGGCUCCUGUACCUGCCAUCACUGCUGCCAACUAUUUCUUGCCAGCGUAUAACAAUAACCCGCUGAUCCUGCAGUAUGCUAUGCGAUGUCUUGAGUAUUAUCCCGUGGAUACUGUUUUCUUCUAUAUUCCCCAGAUUGUGCAGGCUUUGCGUCACGACGAGUUGGGCUAUGUUGAAAAGUAUAUUAUGGAAGCCGGUCAAGUGUCGCAGCUGUUUGCACAUCAGAUCAUUUGGAACAUGAAGGCAAACUUCUUUGUGGAUGCUGAUAAGGAGUGUGUUAAGCCAGAUGCAUUGAAGCCAUCCUUGGAACGUAUCAUUCAAAACUUGGUGAACUCGUUUACUGGUGAAGAUCGUGAAUUCUAUGAACGUGAAUUCAAGUUCUUCAAGGAAGUUACCGCCAUCUCGGGCUACUUGAAAGAAUACAUCAAGCACGGUCAAACCGAAAAGAAACCACUUCAAAAGAAACGCCUCGAUGAAGAAUUGGCUAAAAUCAAGGUCGACGUUGGUGUUUACUUGCCGAGUAACAGCGAUGGUCGCGUUGUUGAUAUCAAUCGCACUUCUGGUAGACCUCUUCAGAGCCACGCCAAGGCUCCAUUCAUGGCUACUUUCAAGAUUGAAAAGGAUGUGGAGGAUGCCGACUUGUUGGGCAAGGCCAUGAUUGAAAGCGAAGACGGUGAUGAAGUAGAAGCUAAGAAGCGCACUGUGCAGAUCUGGCAAGGUGCCAUUUUCAAGGUCGGCGAUGACUGUCGUCAGGACGUGCUUGCCUUACAGUUGAUAUCGGUUUUCAAGAACAUCUUUACGGGUGUUGGCAUGGACCUGUAUGUUUACCCUUAUCGUGUUGUGGCUACUGCUCCUGGCCAAGGUGUUAUUGAUGUGAUUCCUCGGUCGAUCUCGCGUGAUCAAUUGGGUCGUGAAAAGGUCAACAGCAUGUACGACUACUUUGUUGCCAAGUAUGGUGGUCCCAACUCGAUCCACUUCCAGCGUGCUAGAAAUAACUUCGUGCAGAGCUUAGCUGCUUAUUCAGUUAUUUCGUAUCUGCUUGCCAUUAAGGAUCGUCACAACGCUCGCCGUUCAAGCUUACUACUGAAAUGAUCCAAGUCAUGGGUGGUGCUAGCGAUGAACAAGCUUUCCGACAGUUCUCGGAACUGGUAGUCAAGGCAUACUUGGCCAGUCGACCAUACGCUGACCAGAUCUGCCAGAUCGUCGCGUUGA